GUUAAGUUAGGGUAAUUGAAUUUUGAUUUAAAUCAAAAUUAUAUAUAUAUAUAUAAUUAACCGACCAAAUUGAUUCGAAGAAUUCGGAUCUGUUAGCAUCCCUAAUUUAGAAACUUAGAACCCUAUCUUUGUCACACACUCAAUGACAACACACCAUCUCAUUUCCCUCUUUUUAAUCUUCGUUUUUUUUCUUUUCCUUCGAUAAAUCUACAAAUUUGUUCUGUUUCCUUCUCCUCCCCUCUCAUGGCGGUUGAAUCGCACCACCAUCUCCUUCCCUUCCCCUCCCAGCUCCAGUUCCUCGAUGGGGACGUUGUCGGCAUGGAAACAGGGUUUUCUGACGCCGUUUCGGCUGCGCCUCCGGCGCAGGGAGGCUCGGCGUCGUCGAGGAAGCGGCCUCGAUCUGUUCUCGGCGGCGAGGUCGACGUCCUGGUCCUGCGGCACGCGGAGAGAGUGAGGGCGGAGCUGGCGGAGAGGAGGCGGCGGAUGGUGGCGGAGGCGGAGGCGUGCGCGAGGCGGCGGAUGGUGGCGAAGGAGGAGGAGAUCGCGCAGGUGGAGAGGCUGAACUGCGCGCUGGAGGAGCGGAUAAGAGCCCUGUGCGUGGAGAACCAGGUGUGGCGCGGCCUGGCGGAGAGCAACGAGGCUGCCGCCAGGGAGCUGCGCGACAACCUCGAGCAGGCCCUGGCGGCCGGCGCCAACGCCGGCGCGGCCGAGGGCGAAGACGAGACGGAGUCGUGCCGCUGCGGCGCGGGAAAUGAUGUGGAGCGGGAGAGCGGCGGCCGCGGCGACGGGGCCAGCUGCCGGAGGUGCGGCGAGGAGGAGGCGACGGUGAUUCUGCUGCCGUGCCGGCACCUCUGCCUCUGCCCGUCGUGCGGCGCGGCGGCGAGCGCCUGCCCGGUCUGCGAUUGCGGAAAGAUCAGCAGUGUCCACGUAAACGGGUUUUGAAUUUCAAGACCAAAAAUUUUAUUUUUCUUUUAAAAUAAAUAUGUUUUUUUUUCUCUAAUUGUACUGUUUAUGUUUA